GUGUUAUAUAUAAGAAAUGUAGACAAAUACUAAACUUCAUUCAAUAAAAGAAAGACCCAAAAAACUAUGCUAUAUAUUUUUGAGAAGUUCUAUAUAUGAUAAUAAAUUUAGGUGUACGUAUAUUUUAAUUUUAUGUGGACAGCGCAGAUGUUUUGGGUAUCCACAACUGUCGAUCAAAUUGAACUAAAAGCUUCCACGUAGCCACGUGAUGAAAGAAGAGACGCAGGGAGGCGGGUGGCAGGUGGUGGAAGGCAGUGGGAUGCACUGGGAAUUGUUUGUCUGCGUUCAAUAUGUGUGCCUGUGGGUUAUGGAAAUGGUUGAAGCGGAGGAGCCGAGAGAAGCGGAGGGGUAAAUGAGCAAAUUGCUAACAAUAAACCAAUUAAACAGAGCAACCGACAACAAACAAAUCGCAGCGCUGACAGCAGUCGCAAUCGCAGUCGCCGCAGAGCAACAGUAACAACAGCAGCAACCAAAGGCAGCAGCAGCAACCAAAAGCAGCAGCAGCAGCAGCAGCAGCAGUCGAGAAGUCGUUUCUCUCGACAAGAGCCGAAGCGCAAAGUGGCAGAGCAACGGCAGCAUUUACUGUGGCAGCAGCCGAAGGACACACACAGCUGACUGUUAACUGCCAACUGUGUGUGUCUGUGUGUGUGCUUCUGUCUGUGUCUGAGCUCUGUUGGCUAUAAAACGCGACGUGCGCCACGAGGCGGUCAUCAGUUCGAAUUUGAGUUACACACGUGACGCACGGGAUCGCAGCGUUUCUCUCUCUCUCUCAUUCUCAACACAAAAAGCGAAUAAAAUACGCGUUGUUUACUUUUGUGUUGCUCCAAUUUUUUUUUUGCACAUUUUUUUUUGAAUGUUUACAAAUUGGUUAACUGGCAGCAGCAGCGGAAGUGGCAGCGGCAAUAGCAAUAGCAAUGCCAGCAACAAUCGCCUGACAGCAGCAGCAACCACAUCGAGUGCUGCCGCUGCUGCUGCUGUGAUGAGCACUGGCAAUGGCAUCAUGGCAAACAGCGUCAUGUCAACGCCGCCAGAUGUGAUACUCGAAGUGGGUCCAGCGCCGAGCAGCGUGCGUUUUGUGGCACACGCUUUGGUCCUGGGCAUGCACAGCGGCUACUUGCGUUCCGCCAUUCGCAUGGAUGAAGCAGCAGCAGCAGCAGCCGCAGCCGCAGUGGCUGCUGCCGGGACAUCAGCAGCAACUGUUGGCGCUGCUGCUGCUGCGAGCGGUGAAUUGCUGUUGUAUUUGGGCAAUGUGACAGCCGAGCAAUUUGCCCCGCUUCUAACUUACAUGUACACGGGCUAUUUGGAUUUGAAUGUGGACAACAUAUUUGCGGUGCUGCUUGCCACACAUGUGUUGCACAUGCCGCGCGCCUUGGAGAUUUGUCGUUCCUAUUUGGCGCGCUCGCAAACCGAGGGCUAUUUAAGCGGCAAUGCGUCGCAUCCUCCUCCUCCUCCUCCGCCGCAGUUGACGGCGCCCAAAAUCAUACGACCCAUUGCCAGCAAAGCGACGUUGCCAAACUUCGGCUUUUUACCAGCACCUCCACCGCCAGCACCGCCGGCGCCACCGCAACCAGCACCACCAGCAAUAGGUUAUGUGGACGCCACAGCGGAGUUGUCCAUUGUGGAGAACAACGACGAGGAGGAGGACAUCGAGGUGUUCAUCGACAGCAAUACGCCGACGGACAACGAACUGGACACCGAGGAUUGCAAUGUGUCCGUGGUGAGCAGCUUGGCCAGCAGCAGCGCUGCGAGCAGUCUCAACAUCGAGCGUCUCGAUGCCAAGCGUCGCACUCCGACGCCGCCGCCGCCGCAGCCGUCAACAACGUUGCCAGCGCCAAUCGCGGCAACAGCUGUGAAAGUUGCUGCCAAGCUGCGUCGCAGCAACAGCAACAACAGUACACGCAAAUCGCACAGCAAACGCGGCAGCAACUCGAGCGGAUUACAAAUAGCCAAAGCUCCGGUGCCAGCGGUGCAAUUGGAGACGGCUGCGCCAGCGGCAACAGCAGCCAAAUUCAUUAUCGAUGUGGCCAGCUGCGAUGGUCCCGUACGCUUUCGUCGCAUCCUAAACACUGCCUACGGCCACAAGCCAGACAGCAGCAGCAGCGGCGGCAGCAGCAACAGCAACAACAAUUGCGUGGAGUUGCAACGCACGCAGCAAAGCGUCAGCUAUUCGUUUCAUCAGCAAAUGGCUCGCGCCAUCAGCAGCCAACAGCGACAGCAGCAACUCGAGGAGAACGAGAACAGCGGCGAUGCAGCAACAGCAGCAGCAGCAGCAGCAGCAACCACUGUAGUUGCAGCACCCGCAACACCAGCAACAGUUGCUGCUGCUGCACCGUCACAACGCAAGCAGUCGCAAGCGGAACUCUUUGUGUGCGUUUACUGCAAACACACAUUCAAAUCGCAGUAUUGCUAUCAGAAGCACGCCAAGCGGCAUCUCAAUCCGUUGAGUCUGGACAAGAAGCUGGCGGAGACGCAACCUUUGGCUGCUGCUGUGUUGCGCGACAAUGCCACAGCCGAGUUGCAGUUGCUGACAACAGCAGCAACACCAACAGCAGCAGCAGCAGCAACCACAACAACAGCAACUGCAGCAGUUGCAGCGGCAGCGGCAGCAACGGGCAGCGAGACGGCAACUUUAACGGCAGCCGCAUUGCUGCGAAGGGAGGUGCGACCUCUGGACAUGAAUGUGCAGUAUUAUCCAUGCAAAACUUGUGGCAGCAAAUUUCCUAGCUAUUAUUUUGUGCACAAGCAUCGCAAGCUGUGCCAUGCCGAUGAAUUGGAAACAACCAACAACAACAACAACAACAACAGCAGCAGCAGCAGCAACAUCAAUAACAACAACAAUAAUAGCAACAGCAGCAGCAGCAACAUCUCGAAGCGAGAGGCAACAGCAGCAACCACUGCAACUGCAGCAACAGCGGAGACAGCGCCAUAAAUUGGGCAUCAAACAAUCUUUAACGAAUUUAGCACGCAAUGCACCACACACCCACACCCACACACACACAUACACAUAAACAUACACACACCUGUGCACAACAAUUUUUUUUGUCUCGAAUAAAUGUAUAAGCAAAUUCAAGAGAAAUCUAAUAAAAGUCAACUAAAUCAAAAAUGACCAAGUU